AAAAAAACCGACCCGGUACUUCACAGUUACAUCAGACCCUAGACAGUGCAACAAAUCAUAUUUGGUCAUAAUCAUCUUUUACGCGAGCUCUGAUCUUCGAAAUGGCGGACGAGACGAACAGAGCUACUUUCUUGGAAAUUCAAGGUCGUAUAAUUGAGAUUACUGGAAAGCUGAAGCAGUUGCAAACCCAGAUACGAAACAAGGAGGGAGAGAAGAAGCGAGCUUUUUUAACCUUGGAGGAGCUUAAACAGUUGUCUGAAGACACUAAUGCGUACAAAUCUAUAGGGAGAACGUUUGUUUUAGAGUCAAAGUCAGUUCUAAUGAAUGAACAGGAGCAAAAGUUCAAGGAUAGUGAAACUGCAAUUGCCUCGUUGCAGACCUCAAAGGAGUAUUUAGAGAAGCAAAUGGCUGAGGUGGAGAACAACUUGAGGGAGCUGUUGGCAACAAGAAUCCAGGUAUAGCUCGCCAGAUUAGUCUACUGUCAGCAUAGGGCAGGCUCCCCCCCCCCCCCCCCCCCCCCGGAUUAAUUUACCAUUAGCUUAGCUCACCUUUUUGUGUUGAAUGUUUUCAUGCUCUUGGGUCAAGAAUUUGGCUGGUGUGGUGUUGUGAGUUAUGAUUCUACUUGGUUGCCUUCUGUAAUGUCUGAUUCCAAAACUUUGUUUGAUAUGCAAUUCAUACUUCCAAGUUCUGAACUC